AUGUCAGAUUGGAAAAGCAAACUAAACGUGCCGGCAAAGGACACAAGAAAACAGACAGAAGAUGUCUUGACGACACAUGGCAAGACUUUUGAAGAUUUCAACUUGAAGAGAGAAUUAUUGAUGGGCAUUUUCGAAGCUGGUUUCGAAAAACCCUCUCCUAUCCAGGAAGAGUCCAUUCCAAUGGCUCUUGCGGGCAGAGACAUCUUGGCCAGAGCAAAGAACGGUACUGGUAAGACUGCCUCUUUUGUCAUUCCCUCCUUGCAGCAGGUUAAGCCUAAACUUAAUAAGAUCCAGGCCUUGAUUCUCGUUCCUACUAGAGAAUUGGCUUUGCAGACGUCUCAGGUCGUCAGAACUUUGGGUAAGCACUUGGGUAUCCAGUGCAUGGUCACCACCGGUGGUACCAACUUGCAAGAUGAUAUUUUGAGAUUGCACGAAACCGUCCACGUGCUUGUGGGUACCCCAGGCCGUGUUUUGGACUUGGCCUCGAGAGAUAUUGCCGAUUUGUCCGAAUGUCCUCUUUUUGUUAUGGACGAAGCCGAUAAGAUGUUGCUGAGAGAGUUUAGAAACGUCAUUGAACAGAUCCUUUCAUUUUUCCCAGCCGGCAGACAAUCGCUCUUAUUCUCUGCCACCUUCCCUUAUGCUGUCAAGUCUUUUAUGGAUAAGCACUUGACGAAGCCUUACGAGAUCAACUUGAUGGACGAGUUGACCUUGAGAGGUAUUUCUCAGUUUUACGCUUUCGUUGAGGAAAAGCAGAAGUUGCAUUGCUUGAACACUCUUUUCAGCAAGUUGCAAAUUAACCAGUCGAUCAUUUUCUGUAACUCUACAAACAGAGUGGAGUUGUUGGCUAAGAAGAUUACCGAAUUGGGCUACUCAUGUUACUACUCCCACGCCAAGAUGCCUCAAUCAGCCAGAAACAAGGUUUUUCACGAAUUUAGACAGGGCAAGGUCCGUAACUUGGUGUGUUCCGAUUUGUUGACCAGAGGUAUCGAUGUCCAAGCCGUUAAUGUUGUUAUCAACUUCGAUUUCCCUAAGACCGCCGAGACCUACUUGCACAGAAUUGGUCGUUCCGGUAGAUUCGGUCACUUGGGUUUGGCUAUCAACUUGAUGUCUUGGAAUGACAGAUACAAUUUGUAUAAAAUCGAGCAGGAAUUGGGUACCGAAAUCAAGCCUAUCCCAGCUAACAUUGACAAAUCGUUGUAUGUCAACGAAGACGAGGAAACCAUUCCAAAGCCAUUCAAGCUCGAUGAGUUGCCAAAGACCAAGGAUCACACCAAGAAUGGCUACGAGUACCAGGGCCAACCUCAAAUUCCACCACCAGGCUUCCCACAAGGCGUCCCUCCACAGGUAGCCCAACAGCUCCAACAACAACCUAUUCCACAACACUUACAGCAUCCUCAGCAGCCUCAGCAGCUGCCCCAGCAACAACCUCAGCAAGUUCCACAGCCACCCCAGGGCCAACAAUUUAACGGCCAACAAGGUGGUCCACAAGGUGUUCCUCAAUACCCUCAAUACGGCCAGUUCCCUCCUCAAUACGGGUUCCCACCUCACAUGCAAGGUCCACCCCAAUUUAAUGGACACCCUCAGCAGUUUAGCGGUCCACCACCCCAGCAGCAGCAGCAACAGCAAUAG